UUAACUUCUCUGCGUGCGACCACCAGGGGGCGCUGCUCCUGCCUUUGUCGGCGGCGCUGCUGGGUCCCGGGCGGGCGCCUAAGAAUUGCCGGGAGCAGCGGGGUCUGGUUUCAGGGGAGAAGGCGGCGCAGGAGGACCGGAGCCCUCGGCUGAAGUAGGCGGGGCGGUUGGGAACUGCGAGAAGACACGCCCCCCCCCAGCCCGGCAAGUCAGCGAGCGCAGCAGCAGGGGACGUGCUAACGUGGCCGGCUGGGGUGGGAGCUGAUCUUGGAGGGGGCGCCCGUUGCAAUGCCUUCCCUGCCCCGCGUGCCCGCUCCAGCAGCAGCCUGGUCCUUGGAAGUUCGGGAGUAAAGCCGCCCCUGGAGUGGAGCCCCAAGGCAAACGAGGCUGGGGAUCAGCUUUCGGGCACGUUCCCUUCCCCGGGGUGGCGGGCAAGCGAGGCUACCCUGCCGCUGAACCGCGCUCCGUGCGGCCCCUUCCGUGUCCCCGGCCGCACGCGCACACACCCCUCUGGCGAUGCAGAAACUGCUGCAGCAGCUGCCUGCCAGCGCGGCCAACUUGGUGAAGUCCCAGCAAGGGGGGGCGGCCGGCCAGGAGGCCAAAAGCCCCGUCCUGGUGCCCGACGGCGCUCAGCAGACCUGGUACAGCACGUUGGAAGGCGAUGAGUGGAGGCUGCUCAAGGCGCCCGACCAGGAAGGGGCCGCCCAGCAGGAGGGCAGCAUCGAGGGCAGCGUGGCACAGCCGCUACGGCAUGAUGACCUGAAGGAGAUGCUGGACAGUAACAAGGAUUCCCUGAAGCUUGAAGCCAUGAAGAGGAUUGUAGCGAUGAUUGCACGAGGCAAGAAUGCAUCAGAUCUCUUCCCAGCUGUGGUAAAAAAUGUGGCCUGCAAGAACAUAGAGGUGAAGAAGCUCGUGUAUGUCUACUUGGUCCGAUAUGCAGAAGAACAGCAAGAUUUGGCCUUGCUGUCCAUCUCUACCUUCCAGAGGGGACUCAAGGAUCCCAAUCAGCUGAUCCGAGCCAGUGCCCUCCGGGUUCUUUCCAGUAUCCGUGUGCCCAUUAUCGUGCCCAUCAUGAUGCUAGCCAUCAAGGAGGCAGCGUCAGACAUGUCCCCGUAUGUGCGUAAAACGGCAGCUCACGCCAUCCCCAAGCUGUACAGCCUUGAUUCAGACCAGAAGGACCAAUUAAUAGAGGUCAUUGAGAAGCUGCUUGCAGAUAAGACGACGCUGGUGGCUGGCAGCGUCGUGAUGGCCUUUGAGGAAGUUUGCCCGGAGCGCAUCGACCUCAUCCACAAGAACUACCGCAAGCUGUGCAACCUGCUGAUUGACGUGGAAGAGUGGGGCCAGGUGGUGAUCAUCAACAUGCUGACGCGCUAUGCCCGCACCCAGUUCCUCAGCCCCAACCAGAAUGAGUCCCUCCUGGAAGAGAGUGCUGAGAAAGCUUUUUACGGCUCCGAAGAGGAAGACUCAAAGGACGACAACGGAGAGCCUGCCUCCUUGGUGAAACGCAAGCCUUACGUCAUGGACCCUGACCACCGCCUGCUUCUGCGCAACACCAAACCCCUGCUGCAGAGCCGCAACGCUGCGGUGGUGAUGUCUGUUGCUCAGCUCUACUUCCACCUUGCUCCAAAGGCUGAGGUUGGGGUCAUUGCUAAGGCACUGGUGCGUCUCCUCCGAAGCCACAGUGAGGUGCAAUAUGUUGUGCUUCAGAACGUGGCUACCAUGUCCAUCAAGCGCAGGGGAAUGUUUGAACCGUACCUGAAAAGCUUCUACAUCAGAUCAACUGAUCCCACCCAGAUCAAGAUCCUCAAGCUGGAAGUUCUGACCAACCUUGCAAACGAGACCAACAUUUCUACCAUCCUGCGUGAGUUCCAGACAUACAUCCGGAGCAUGGAUAAAGACUUCGUGGCAGCCACUAUCCAGGCCAUUGGCCGCUGCGCCACCAACAUUGGCAAAGUGCGCGACACCUGUCUCAAUGGCCUUGUCCAGCUGUUAUCUAACCGAGAUGAGCUGGUCGUGGCCGAGUCUGUGGUGGUCAUUAAGAAACUCCUGCAGAUGCAGCCUGCUCAGCACAGCGAGAUCAUCAAACAUAUGGCAAAGCUGAUUGACAACAUCCAGGUGCCUAUGGCCCGGGCCAGCAUCUUAUGGCUGAUUGGCGAGUACUGCGAGCAUGUGCCCAAGAUAGCCCCUGAUGUGCUGCGCAAGAUGGCCAAGUCCUUCACCAGCGAGGAGGACAUUGUGAAGCUGCAGGUCAUCAACUUGGCAGCUAAGCUGUACUUGACCAACUCCAAGCAGAGCAAGCUGCUGACUCAGUACGUGCUGAACCUGGCCAAGUAUGACCAGAACUACGAUAUCCGAGAUCGUGCCCGAUUCAUCCGCCAGCUCAUUGUGCCCACCGAGAAGAGUGGCACCCUCAACAAAUACGCUAAGAAGCUCUUCCUGGCCCCAAAACCAGCCCCUAUCUUGGAAUCAUCUUUCAAAGACCGAGACCACUUCCAGCUGGGCUCUCUCUCGCACCUCCUCAACGCCAAGGCUGUAGGCUACCAGGAGCUCCCUGACUGGCCCAGCGAAGCUCCCGACCCGUCCGUCCGCAAUGUGGAGGUCCCAGAAUGGACCAAGUGCACCAGCCGUGAGAAGAGGAAGGAGAAGGCCGAGAAGCCCUUCUAUUCUGAUUCGGAGGGAGAGUCUGGGGCAACAGAAUCUGCUGACAGCGAGCCCGACACAGUGAGUGGGUCCGAAAGUGAAAGUGGCAGCGGCAGCGAGAGUGGGUCUGGUUCUGGCAGUGAGGAAGAGGAAGAUGAGGAGGAGAGCGAGGACCAGUUGGAAGAGAUGGAGGAGAAGAAAAAGAAGAGAAAGGAGGCGCCAAGGAAAGGAUCGCUAGAGAGCACUGGGAGUGAGGAGGAGGAGGAGGAGGAAGAUGAGCGUAGCAGGAAAAUGCAGCCACCGCAGGAAGGGAACUCAGAAUCCUCAUCCGAGGAGGACAGCCUAUCUGAGAGCAGCUCAUCAGAGUCUGACUCUGGCUCCAAAGCAGAGGAAUCCCACUUGGAGAAGGAGGUGAAAAAGAAAAGGACGCCUCCCAGCAGCAAACCUGCUCCAAAAGCCCCCAAGAAAGGGGUAAAGGAGAUCUCGCUGCUUGACCUGGACGAUUUCACACCCCCUCCCCCUCAACCAGUUGCCUCCAGCCCCGUUGUCUCCACCAGCCUAGUGACCGAUCUUGAGGGGCUCACGCUAACUGACACUUCUACAGCUGCUGCUAUGAUCAGUCCUGUGUUUGGUGCGGUGAAGACGUAUGAGCUGCUGCAUCGCAUGACAGGGGAAGGGCUCUCUGUUGAGUAUUACUUCAGCCGACAGCCAUUUACUCCUGAUUCUGGUAUGGUGGCGGUGCAGAUCCAGAUCUCCAAUAACACAGCUGCUGAGGUGAAGAGCAUCCACGUUAAUGAGCCUAAGCUCCUCUCAGGCAUGCGCGUCCAGGACUUCAAGGAGAUCGAGUCCCUGGCACCUGGUGAAACAGUCAGUGUCACUAUGGGCAUAGACUUUUGUGACUCCACCCAGGCAGCCAGCUUCCAGUUGUGCACACACACCCGCCAGUUCUAUGUGUCCAUCCAGCCUCCAGUGGGGGAGCUCAUGGCUCCCGUAUUCAUGAGUGAGAAUGAGUUCAAGAAAGAGCAAGGAAAGCUAACAGGAAUGAGUGAGAUCACAGAGAAGCUGACUCUGCCUGACAAAUGCCAGAGUGACCACGUGAUUGUGCAACAGGUGACAGCUGCAGCUAACGUCAGCCGUGUGCCCUGCGGUUCAGAUAAGGAGUAUCGGUUUGCCGCUAAGACGGUUAGCAGCGGAAGCCUCAUCCUCAUCACACUGGAGAAGAAGGCGGGCAACAUGGCACACCUUACUAUCAACAGUGAGAAGAUGUUGAUUGGCACCAUGCUGGUGAAGGACAUUGUCCACUCCUUGACACAGUGACCACGUGGCUUCCCUCUCUUGUCAUGCCCUCUUUAGUUGCCCAUCCUUUCUAGGCUCAGCCAUCUGUCUCCCUGUACCCAGCUUGCCUUGCUGUGUCUCCUUGUCCCUACGUAAAAUACAGGUGAAGGCUGAGAUAGGGCAACAGGAAAUUAUCCACAAUAGAAAACAAGGUGCACUAGCUCAGCAACAAAUAGCCUUGUGCUCUCCAGAUGUUUGGGACUACAACUCUGUCAGCCCCAGCCAGCAUGGGAGUUGUAGUCCAACACGUGGAGGGCAUCAGGUUGGAAAAGGCUGAUAAAGAAGGUGUUGGAUUGCUGAAAUUUCCCUGUGACUCUGGCAUCCUUGUUGUGCUGUGAGUCCCCCCCCCCAUUUUUCUGUUCUAUGGCUGUAUUUAUUAUGGGCAGAAAUGGUUCAAUAAAAAUUCUUCCUGGAAUUGA